UUACGGUUAUAAUUGUUAUAAUUGUUAUUGUUGCUAUUAUAGUUAUUAUUUAUCAUGACAUAUUCGUUCAUUGAUCGGUCCUUCUUUCGUUAAUACAACUAUAACCCAAUCUUUCUAUUUCUUAUCUCGUGUGUAUUUGUUUAUAAUUAGUAACUUCAAAAAGCGCGUUUCGGUGACACCCAAGCCUCACAAGUCACGAGGCAAACAUCCAAACAUCCAAAACAUCACAAACGUAAUACAAGCAUCAACAUCAUCAGAAAUGUAAACAUAACCUAGUAAAGUUAAUCAUUCCUUUAAUCAGGUGACAAAUUGAGGGUGAACCAGAAACACUCAUAUAUAAUUUAUAUAACAGCAGUAAUAUGACGAUAUAGCGAUGAAUAGACUUAAAUUAGAACUGUCGUCAAGACACUCUAUACCAUCAACUAACCCAUUAUCGUCAUCAUUUAAUUUGGGUGACCCAUUACCAUUACCAUAUAAGAUAAUUAAUAAUCCGAAACGACAUAAUCGAAAUAGAAGUAUUUAUAAUGAUAAAGACAAUAGCUUUAAAAUAAAAACUGAUAAUGAGAAAAUACGACGAAUUUAUGCUUUACAUAAACAACCAUUAGAUGGAAAUACUGAAUCAUAUGAUGAAGAAGAUGAUGACGGAGGACAAGAAGGAGAGAAGGGCUCAAUUCAAGAUGAAGUAGAGGAUGAUACCACUGCUGUUGAUUCACGAAGGGUUAAUAAUCAUAUAUUGAAAACAAGGAAUUUCAAGAGUUAUCCUAUCAGAAUCCCAAAAUCAAGAUCGCAGUUGCAAUCUCAAAGACAAUCAUCAGCAGGAUCAGCAGGUUCAUAUAUUUUAAGUGAUAAUGUAUUGAGAGAUAAUGGUACUGAUGAUAUAUAUGAUAAUGAUAACGACAAUGAGAACGCCAUUCUUAAUCUUCAAGAAUUAGUACGAUCAGUCGACGAUGAAGAUCAGUUGCGAAUCAUUAAAAAUGAAUUUGAUGAAUUGAUUAAUCAAAGACAAAUUCAAUUAGAAAGGCAAUUGCAACUUCAGCAGCGAGAGGAGGAAACCUUAGCGCAACAGAAGCAACAGGAAAAGAAUAUAUUUGAAGAAUUAGAACGACUUCAACAAGCAGAAGUUCAACAUAAGACCUUCUCCUCACUUUCAAAAUUUAAUCAAACUCCAAAUCAUCGUUUUCCUAUCAGUAUUAUUGUUAUAGCCGUAAGCGUCACAGUUCCAAUAUUAACUUUUUUGUUAACUUCAUAUUUACUUUCAGACUUGAAUUAUGAUUAUUGUUAUUUCUUUUGCUGAAUUCUUUUAGCACACUGUAUUAUUAUAUUUGUACUUUUAAAUUUUAUAUUUAGUUAAUGAAUAAUUAAA